CACAAUUUGGCUCAGUUUGCACCGUGUACCGUUGAUUUAUGCUAUGUAGGAGUCAAACUGGGCUUCCGCUGGUCUUUCUACUCAGGUUAAUCGACCCUCAAAGCUUAGGCCACGCAAACCCUUCGCGAAGGUAGAAUCCAAAGGCAUGCUAGAAACGAAGCACCUUCACACAGCCGUCGUCGUCGGCUGCAAAUGAGAUUUGACUCUACUACAAGGAUGGCUACUCAACCAUCGCAGGAGCUCAUUGUCACAGAGAUUGAUGCCGAAAGUCUCCCCAGUACCAUCUUCAAAAUCAACCUUACUACGGGUGGCGUUGAGAAGCACACUCCCCGAGCUUCAAUUCCGACCACAGCAUCUCUUUCUCUGCUUCAGAAAUGCAUAUCCCCCUUUCUACCCGCCGGCUAUCCCUCAACAGUAACUGCCGACUACACUCCCUACCAGAUCUACGACUCUCUACAGGCAUUUGCCUCCACCAUUGCCGGCCUUCUGGCAUCUCGCGCCGUCUUCGUGGGUAUGGGCGUCGGGUCCGAAGACGUAUCCCUCGUAACGACGAUGCUACUAUACAUCGCCCAGGAAACUAUCGGCCGCGUGGCGACCAUCCUCUUCGCGCACCGAUUUUCCCAGCGUAUCGAAGCGGAAGUCAAGUUCUACCGAUUUUUCGCAGACAUUGUUAAUGACAUUGCGUUUGUGCUCGACUGCAUGAGCCCGGCAAUGCCAAUCUUCGGCCGAGUCCUGACUCUGUGCGUCAGCAACGCUUUCCGAGCCAUGUGUGGUGUCGCUGGCGGGAGCAGUAAAGCGAUUCUGAGCUCUCACUUCGCACGAGCGGGUAAUAUAGGGGAGCUCAACGCCAAAGAUGGCAGCCAGGAGACUGUAGUCAGUCUGGCGGGAAUGUGGGCGGGCGGUCUGGUCGUUAGUAAAGUACAAGGGACAGUGGCCACGUGGUGUUGCUUGCUACCCUUGCUUGCGCUUCAUUUGUGGGCCAACUGGAAGGCUGUGAAGAGUGUGCGGCUGCACUCACUGAAUGCCGAACGAGCGUGCAUACUGUUCAGAGGCAUGCUCCGCAGUGGACAGCUUCAGGGCCCCGAUGAUGUUGGCAGGCAAGAGUCGGUCCUCAUUUCUGGCAACAAGCGGAUUGGUGUCCAGGUCGGUGUCGGUCUCAAUGAUUUCCUGCUUUUCAUGCAGGCCACUUUGGGCAACAGAAGAAAGACUCUUGAAGACUUCCUGUACAUUGUGGAAGCAUUCGCGCGGGAGGAUUACCUGCUUUGGGUUGACGUGCGGAACAGCAAAGGGAUGAUAUUACUAAAAGAAUCAGGCUCCGCCGAGACGCAAGCAAAAGGUUUUUGUCAAGCCAUUCGAUGCUUGCAUCGUGAUUUCUCUGUUGCAGAGUCAACGGCAGACGUCGUGGUUCAAGGAGGUGAUAGACAGAGUCCAAUAUCGCCCAGAAAACAUGAGCAACCCGACGUCCUUACGUUAGUGGUUGCCACCCUGCAGGAAAACCAUGAUCAAUGGCAGAAAGUCCGAGAUCAAGCUCAGAAAGCUGGCUGGAAUCUUGGUCUCACCAAUUUGGUCAAAGGGCGAGGACAUCGAAUUCAACUGGAAAAGGCGUCUGAGACCAAGAAAGACAAAUGAGCAAUGCCCUGGAAAUCUUUGCCUUUUGCUGUGGAAUCAUGGUCUCGGCUGAGAUCCCUGUCGGCAAUGGAGCUCUCCUGGAGCCUUGUGGAGAUGUCGCUUGAUCAACUGCAACCCAGCACGGAGAGGUCGACAGCAAAUGAAACAGGCACGGGGCGUGCCUUUCUCGGCAAGACCUCAUUGUAGCAGAGCAACAUCGAUAUACGGAUAUGACACCUUGAAUUGACUAACAUAUUGAACAGAAUUUUUUUCGGUGGCUGAAGCCCCGAGGGCAAAGAUAAAGCGACUGGGAUUGCAUGAGUCCACGUGCCUUCAAUUUAGCCGGACGGAUGGCGGCAGAGAAGCAGAUUGCCAAUCUAGG